AUGCUAAAGGCCAAGGACCUCGGUCCGAGGGUGGAGUAUUGUUGUGGGGAGUGCUUGGACCAUGAAGCCUCCGGCAAAUGGGCAGCUUGGAGGGCUUGUGAUGCAUCGAGGUUCAAGAAAUCUGAUCUGACCGAUCAUGAGAAGACCAUCCAGAAUGGCAAGCAUAAGUUCAAGCAGCUCCCCGUACACGUAGCCUUCAAGCAGAUCAUCGCGAAAAAUGCGGCUACUGAGGCUAGUCGCAUGGCCGAAGAACUCCUCCUUGUUAAUCCCUUGGCCGACCCAGCACUCACUUUUUUUGGCUAUUGA